AUGGCAUCUUGCAGUGGUCUGUCACAUUUAUUCCUCCCUUGUUCUUUGAAAGCUCGUCCAGGAUUAGCUCGGAGAGAGGAGAGGGAACCUGCAGUUGGCGUUGUUUCUGCCUAUGGCGCUGGAAAACAGAAAUGGAACAUCAACACUGCAAGCGUUGCACCAACUUCUGAAGCCUCCAGGCUCCAUCCGGAUAAAUUGGAGAUUGAGUACGAGCAAAAGAUAGAAGAGAUCAGGCAUGUAUUACAAACAAAGGGGGAAGAUGAAUCGUCAGAGAGUUUGGUCUUGGUAGAUGCCAUCCAGAGGGUAGGACUCAGCUCUUAUUACGAGGAGGAGAUCCAAACACUUCUUCGGAAACGUUAUGUGACGAGCUGCGCCUCCAUAUACAAAUACGACAGUCUCCGUGAUGUUUCACUGCUUUUUCGUCUGUUAAGACAACAUGGAUACUGCAGCUCUCCAGAUGUAUUCAACAAUUUCAAGGGUAAGGAAGGGAGAUUCAGAAGAAACCUGAGCCAAGACAUCAGAGGAUUGAUGGAGUUGUAUGAAGUGGCACAACUGAAUUUCCAGGGAGAAUAUAUUCUUGACGAAGCAGCAAGUUUUAGCGGCCAACUUCUCCGUGAAUAUUGCUUGGCGAAUGUGGACAACAACAUGUCUAGACUGGUUACUGGUAAGUUGCGGUACCCUUACCACAAGACCAUAGCAAGAUUGACAAGGAAAGACUUCCUUCAAGAUGUUGAAGGCAUCAACGGAUGGGGAAAGACUUUGAGGGAGCUGGCUGUUAUGGAUUUGCGCAAGGGGCAAUCUGUAUUCCAAGGGGAAUUAGCACAUAUUUCCAAGUGGUGGGAUGAAUUAGGCUUAGCCAAGAAGCUAAAGCUAGUGAGGAAUCAACUACUAAAAUGGUACACUUGGUCGAUGUCAGCUAAAGCUAGUGAGGAAUCAACUACUAAAAUGAGGGUGGAGCUCACUAAAUCAGUUGCUUUUAUUUACUUGAUAGAUGACAUCUUUGAUGUUGUUGGGACACUAGAUGAGCUAAUAAUCUUCACAGAAGCCGUAAACAAAUGGGACUAUGCUGCUAUUGACAUGUUACCGGACUAUAUGAAGAUGUGUUACCGGGCUCUUCUUGAUACCACAAAUAGGAUAGGCCAUGAGGUGUACAAAAGGCAUGGGUAUGACCCCAUUGACUCCCUGAAAACAUCGUGGGGAAGCUUGUGCAAUGCAUACCUAAUGGAAGCAAAAUGGUUUGCCUCCGGGGAUUUACCAACAGCAGCAAAGUAUUUGGAAAAUGGAAAGGUGAGUACAGGAGUAUAUGUGGUGCUAGUCCACUUAUUCUUUCUCUUAGGUCUUGGCAAUGGAGGUAGAAUCCGUUUGACUGAUGUAUCAGAACUUGCAUCCUGUGUCGCCACAAUUCUUCGUCUUUGGGAUGAUCUUGGAAGUGCCAAGGAUGAACAUCAAGAUGGUAGAGAUGGAUCAUACACGGAGUACUACAGGAAUGACCAUCCAGGCUUAUCAAUGGCACAAGCACGCGACCAUGUCAUUCAUGCAAUAGCAAGCGAAUGGAAAAGCCUUAACAAAGAGUGUUUUGGUCUAAAUCAUUUUUCAGCAUCACAUUUUACAAGGGCUGCUCUUAAUUUUGCAAGAAUUGUCCCUCUCAUGUACGGUUAUGAUGAAAACAAACAGCUGCCUGUCCUUGAGGAGCACGUCAAGUUUAUUUUGUUCAAUCAAACAGAUUAG